CUUGCUAAACAGCCCUUCCCUCUCGGGACCAAGUCCCUCUCCAGAACUGCUUUUAGUUGAGCACAGCCGGGGCGAGGAGCUGGGUCUGACGCCAGAGCCCGCGGGCGGAAAGAAAGAUGUCAGACGAAGAGGAUCUGGAAGACUUUGAGCCAGAUCAGGACGACCUUGACAAAGAGGACGAUGAGAAGGAGACGGAAGAAUGGGAGGACUACAGGAAAGAGGGGGAAGAAUUCCCCGAGGAAUGGCUGCCCACCCCGCUCACGGAGGCCGUGAUGAAGGAAGGGCUGUCUUUGCUCUGUAAGACCGGCAGCGGGCUAGCUCAUGCUUACGUCAAGCUGGAGGUUAAAGAGAGAGACCUAACAGACAUCUCCUUGCUGCGGUCCUACAUCCAUCUGCGCUAUGUGGAUAUUUCUGAGAAUCACCUGACAGACCUGUCACCACUCAAUUACCUCACUCACCUGCUCUGGCUCAAGGCUGACAGCAAUCAACUGCGGAGCGCCCAGCUGAAUGAACUGCCCUACCUGCAGAUUGCUAGUUUUGCCUAUAACCAGAUCAUUGAUACUGAGGGCAUUGCUCAUCCUCGUCUGAGAAGCCUGGAUCUCAAAGGGAACCGCAUCCAGAUGGUGACAGGUCUGGACCCCCAAAAACUAAACAGCCUGCACACAUUGGAGCUUCGGGGAAACCAGCUGAAAAGCACCCUGGGAAUCAACCUUCCCAAGCUGAAGAACCUCUACCUGGCCCAGAACAUGCUGAAGAAGGUAGAAGGAUUGGAGAACCUAACCAAUCUCACCACACUGCAUCUUCGAGACAACCAGAUUGAAACUCUGAGUGGCUUCUCCAAGGAGAUGAAGUCACUGCAAUAUCUCAACCUGAGGGGCAACAUGGUGACUGACCUGACAGAGUUGGCCAAACUUCGGGACCUGCCCAAGCUGCGAGCCUUGGUGCUGCUGGACAACCCGUGUGCAGAUGAGACCGACUACCGCCAGGAGGCCCUGGUGCAGAUAGCGCAUCUCGAACGCCUGGACAAGGACUUCUUUGAGGAGGAGGAGCAGGCUGAGGCUGAGGAAAUCCGUCAGAGGCUGAAGGAGGAACACGAGCAGGAGGCUGAGCAGGAGCACAGCCUGGACCUAGACCAGGCCCCCAUGUAGCGGCAGGUCUUCCACCUCCGCGGACAGUGAAGACGUGGAGGCCGUGGCCGGGCAGAGGGGAGGAGAUGUUGCUAUAGGGCAGGUGGGUGACGAAGGGAUCCCUCGGAGACACCAAGGCCAGGGGUCAGGGGAAGUCUCAGGGCCAGGAGAAAGGACCAGAGGGGCUGAGAGAUGCUUAGCAGGUAUGUCAGGAGGCCAGGAGAAUGAGAACUGGGGGUGGAGGCAGAGGAGCUGGUGGGGGCCUGGCAGCCUUAGCUGGCUUAGAGAGAUCAACCAGGAACUGCCAGGUCUAGUAAGUGCACGGUGGGGGUUGUGAGGCUCAGGUGGGUUGGUGGUGAAUGAGGAAUGAAGCCGAGCCUAGGAGAGUCGGCAGAAGAAGUUCCUGUACUAAAAAUCUGAAGCUAGGGGCCAGCGCUGUGGUGCAGCGAGUUAAAGCUGUCACCACCGGCAGCCCAUAUGGGCACUGGUUUGAGACUUGGCUGCUCGGUUUCUGAUACAGCUCCCUGAUUAAACUCCUGGGAAAGCAGUAGAAGACAGUUCAAGUCCUUGGGCCCCUGCACCCAUGUGGGAGACCUGGCUUCGGCCUGGCCCAGCCCUGGCUGUUGUGGCCAUUUGGGGAGUGACCCAGCGGAUGGAAGAUCUCUCUCAUGUCUCUUCCUCUCUCUGUCUGUAACUCUU